AUGAGAGCAGCAGAAGUAACGGAAACGGCAACGGCAACGACGACCACGACGCCCUCGUCGCGCGGGGUGCACAAGGCGGCGCUGAAGCCCAACAACCCGGAGCGGAUAUGGAAGACGUGGAAGUUCCCACGGACGGGCCACACCCUGACCGGCUACUCGCGGUCGGCCGACAAGACCUUCUUCCACAUCCCCGAGCUGCAGGUCGGCCUCGACGCUGGCAUGUGCCGUGGCCGACAACCGAAGUACGUGUUCCUGACGCACACGCACACGGACCACUCGGUGGACGUCGCCUACAUGAGCAAGAAGGAGGGAAUGACCCUCUUCUGCCCUGAGGAGGUGUCGGGAGUGGUGGAGGAGUACAUCAAGGCGUCGUCGCAGCUGAACUGGGGCCAGCCCAUACCCGAGGGCCACGGCUUCAUGGCCGGCAGCCUGCAGCCCGUCAAACCCGGCGAUACCUACCUCAUCAAGAACGGACUCUACCAGGUCACCGUCCUCCGAUGCUUCCAUUCGGUGGCGUGUGUGGGUUACGCGUUUGCGGAGCGGAAGAAGCGGCUGAGGCCCGAGUACGUCGGCACGCCGGGCAGGGAGCUCGGGCGGCUGCGCAAGGAGGGCGUCGAGAUCGAGGAGGAGACCUACGCCCCGCUGUUCGUCUACCUGGGCGACACCUCGACCCAGGUCUACGAGGCCCACCCGGAGGUGUUCGACUACCCGGUCAUCAUCACCGAAUGCACCUUCAUCCCCGACCCGCAAGAGGAUGAUCAAGUGAUCAUGGAGCGGGCGGAGAGGGACGGGCACAUUCACUGGAACAGUUUGCAGGACAUCGUGCUGGCGCACCCCGACAACACCUUCGUCCUCAUUCACUUCAGUCUUCGAUACAAGGAGCGCACUAUCCACCAGUUCUUCGACGACCUGGCCACGCGAGAAGAGAACCCACUGCCGCUCGACAACGUGGUCGUUUUUGUGGGCGAGUGCAACGAAGGCAACCCAGACAACUGA